AUGGUCCAACUCGCCCACAUCUUCAAAAAGGACAAGGAGAAGGAGAAGAACGAGAAGAACGAGAAGAACGAAAAGAACGAGAAGAGCGAGAAGAGUGAGAAGAACGAGAAAAACGAGAAGAACGAGAAGAACAAACCUGAUCUACGUUCAUCCAAUUCCUUUUCCGCUUCGCGCCCAUCCCCAUCUCCGAACUCGCCCUCCAGAUCCCCAACUAAGAAAUCUUCCAAAUCCUCCAAAUCUUCCAAACCAUCCUAUUUUUCCCUCAGUCGGUCAUUUUCCAAUUCCGGAGCGACCGCAAAUUUCAAGUUUGCCCGGUCUUCGCGUGACCAGGACAUACACCCCCUCAAUCUUCCACCCGACGAGCUACGCCGUCGAUUGUCGGCCAUGGCUGCAUCCAAAGAAGAGCAGCGGAGCUCCAUGGAUGUCGAUCCCCAGGAACCCCAGAAUAAUGGCGUGAAUGGCACUGAGGAGCGGAGUCCGACCCCGCCACCGCACCAGCCAAAUUCAGCUUCUGCCGACGAGGCCGACUCCUUCAAGCUGGCCGGAAACAAAUUCUUCAAGGAUGGCAACUAUCGACGAGCUAUCGAGGAAUACAACAAGGCCAUCGAAAUCAAUCCCAACUCAUCGGCCUAUCUCUCUAACCGAGCGGCCGCCUACAUGUCCGCCAAACAAUUUUCGAAUGCGCUUGAGGAUGUCCAACGGUCCAACGAGCUCGAUCCGAACAACCCAAAAAUCAUGCACCGGCGGGCUAAGAUUCUGACGAGUUUGGGUCGACCUGCAGAGGCCCUGGGGGUGCUGUCACGCAUCCAGCCACCAGUGACCGCCACUGAUCGAGUAGUCGCAGAGAAGAUGCUGCGCUUCGUCACGCAAGCCGAAGAGACAAUAGCGCAAGGCCGUGGGCUGUCGAUGGUGAUCUAUUGUCUAGACCAGGCACGGCAGGGACUCGGAAAAGGUGUCAGGGAGCCCCGCAGGUGGACACUUCUGGCCGCCGAGGCCCAUCUGAAGUUGAACAACAUGAAUUCGCUAGGCAAGGCACAGGACAUUGCGAUCAGUCUGCUGCGCGAGAACAGCCAAGACCUGGAUGCGAUGAUGAUCCGAGCCCGCGCCUUCUAUGCCCUCGGUGAGACCGAGCAGGCGCAGAAGCUUCUGAAGAUGUGCCUCGGGCUGGACCCAGACAUGAAGCAGGCCAUCAAGUUGUUGCGCAUUGUGCAGAAAUUGGCUCGCACAAAGGAAGAAGGAAAUACCGCUUUCAAGGCCAAGGACUAUCGCCGUGCUAUCGAGCUUUGGGCCCAGGCUCUCGAGGUGGACCCCUCCAACAAGGAUAUGAAUGCCAAGCUCCUGGGUAACCGUGCUCAGGCUUAUAUCAACUUGAAAGAGUAUGAUUCUGCCAUUCUGGACUGUACUGAAGCCCUCCGUCUCGACCCCGGGUAUAUAAAGGCUAUGAAGUGCCGCGCCAAGGCCAACGGCAAGGCCGGCAACUGGGAGGAGGCUAUUCGUGACUAUAAGAGCGUUGCUGAGAACAACCCCAGCGAGAGUGGCAUUGCGGAGGAGAUCCGCGAAGCUGAAUUUGAGCUGAAGAAAUCUCAACGCAAAGACUACUAUAAGAUUUUAGGAGUCGACAAGGAUGCCAGCGAACAGGAAAUCAAGAAGGCCUACCGCAAGCUGGCUAUUGUAUACCACCCAGACAAGAAUCGGGACGGUGCAGCCGGCGAUGAGAAGUUCAAGGAAAUUGGUGAGGCCUAUGAGAAUUUGAUUGAUCCUCAGAAACGUGCCGCUUUUGAUAACGGAGACGAUCUGAGGUCUGAGAUGUAUGGCGCCGGCGGUUUCCCCGGUGGUGGUGCUUUUCACGGCGGCGGUGGCUUCCCCGGUGGUGGUGGCUUCCCCGGUGGUGGGUUCGGCGGUGGUAUCGAUGCCGAAAUGCUUCGCAACAUGAUGAACGGCGGCGGCGGCGGCGGCGGCGACCCCUUCGGCCAUGCUCAUGGCAGCUUCCACUUCUAG